AUGGCUCCUUGGGAAGAGUUUGAUGCCAUAUUCCAUUUCAACAGAAACUUCACAUAUGAUGGCAAGGUCAUUGCUCAGAUUAUCAAAAACCGUGGCGCGCUAGAAAACCAACUCUUUGCCGACAGGCUGCUAGAGUUGCUCGGUGUUCAAGCAGUCACCAAUAUUUAUCCCCCUGUCUCAAAUUCGGACCUCCGAACCCUGAUUCGCCAUAUUGUCUCUUCCGAGCUAGACAUUCAUCAAAAGCAAAGCUUGAUCUACUAUAUCUUAAAGGAUUGUCGGGCUCCAAGUGAUGCAGCUGCGCAAUUUGCGCGGAAAUGCCAUCUGCCGGAAAAAUAUAGGUUAUUCAUAGAGGGGCUUUGGCACCUUGAUCGGCUUGAGUUCAAGCGGGCGAUCGAGUAUCUCACUGAACCUUCCAUUAUCCCAACUUUCCCCGACGAAAUCCUUUACGCGCUUACCCUCUCGCAUCUUCCGAGACAUGAUGACAACCUCGUGAUGGCCUAUUACCUCACGGUCAACCCGCCUUUGACCUCCAAGAAAGCCCAACGAGCCUUCAUGGAGACUCUAUCUCGGGCUAGUAUCACAGAGGCCUUUUACUUUACUCGCAAGCACCACGAUGCCCUUCGUCAAAUGUAUCUUACCCAGCUCAUCGAGUUCGUCCACACAACAGACGCUGGGCAGCUAAGGAGCACACGAGCCAUGGAGCUUAUUGGUCUCCCUUUCGAUGAUCAAGAGGAGGAAUGGUUCGAGAAUUCUCUGCUUCGUGGAAAUGCGAAGACAUUACACGGCGCCAAAGACACGGUAAUGAUGCGCCGCCUUGCUACUGGAAAGACCGCAGGGCUUUCUACGGAGCUGGAAUCUUUGGGCGGGAAGAAGAUUGAUGGGUUGAAUUGGGACAUGCUCAAACAAAGUAUGGAGCCCGCCCAAGCGUCGACCAGCAGAUGA